UGAAAUUUCUGCAUUAAAGAUCGUUAAAUAAUUUCAAACUGUAAUUUAAGAUUCCAAAAAUAGUUUUCGUUUCGAAUAAAAGUGUAAUAAACAUCAAUAAAUCAACAUUUACCGGCUGCGAGGAUUGAACAUCAGCAAAGAUGUUGCCCCUGUCUUUACUCAGAACAGCCCAGAAUCACCCAAUGCUCGUGGAGCUGAAGAAUGGAGAAACCUACAAUGGACACUUGGUGAGCUGCGACAAUUGGAUGAAUAUCAAUCUCAGAGAAGUCAUUUGCACAUCUAGGGAUGGAGAUAAAUUCUGGAGAAUGCCAGAGUGCUACAUCAGAGGAAGUACAAUAAAAUACCUGAGAAUCCCAGACGAGGUAAUCGACAUGGUAAAGGAGGAUGUCCAGAUGAAAUCUAGAGGCAGAGGUGACAUGAAGGGAAGAGGUGGCCAGAAUCAAAGAGGAGGACGCGGUGGUGGCAGAGGUGGUGCUUUUGGUGGACGUGGUGGUCGUGGCCCAGCGCCCCUUGGACGUGGUGGGAAUCAAGGAAACAAACCCCUCAACAAAUCACGACCGAAGUAAAAAAUUCCCCUCUAACAUACCUCACCUAGAUCAAUUUGCCAAUAUUUUUUCAUCCAGAAUUCAUCAUUUUCUACACUCAAAUGUAUUUUAAUCAGUUAAAGACAUGGAUAAUAAUAUUAAAACGUUGAUAAAUUUUUGAGAAUUGUAAAAUAAAUAAUGGAAGGAAACGAAAAAUAAUAA